AUGUUUGCCCAUUCCUGCGUCAAUUUGCUCUCUCCUCUCAAGUUUGCUCUUAAUUUUUACUUGCCCUUCAUUUGCAAAUCUUUUCAGCUCAUUCAUUCGUACAUUCCACAACUUGGCAUGUCCGCGUCUUCUAUUCUCGCCGCCACAGUUCCAGACAUGCCCAACUUUGUUAAAUAUUCCAUUUAUUACCGGUCAACUUUAUUUUCCACUUUAUUCUCCCCACCUCUGCCGCCUCGUCUGCAGGACUCAACGGAAAUUAGCGAAAUUCGUCUAGUUGCCAUGACGCUUUCUCAAGACUCUCUUGUCGACUCCUCUUCGCAUCGACGACCGCACCUUCGAGGCGUCCAGAGUGCGCUGUCUCCAAGCAUUCCCAGAAAAGAUUUCCCUUCUUUCGCUCGAAGGCAGCAUCGCCAGUUGACGGACAAUCGGAGCAAUGCUGCUGCCGAUGUUGUUGCUAUGGUUGCAUUCGUUCCCCAUUCGCUGGCCGGCGGCGGAGGCGAUCGCUGCGGCCGCCAGGACCGAAUCCCUGAUCCGGACGUUGCAGCUUCUAGCCGGCUCAACAAGAGGGCCAAGUCCGAGUCUCGCCGUCGUUGUUUGGCGGCAUCAAGU